AUAAUUGGAUUAUUUUAGAUUCAUUAUACAUUCGUCUAUAUUUAAGACUAAUAAACUUCGAGUAAAAAUGUACAAAGUGGACACGGCUAGCGCGUUGCGCGAAGCUACCGAACCCGGCGUGAUAACCCAAAGUAUACUUAUUUCUUUAGCGAUCGAUCAAGGACCAAGGAAAGAAGCUGGCAAAUUAUUCCUCGAAGACGGAAUCGAGUUGAAUGCAUUGAAGGAAAUCCGCAUUGAGUUCCUUAAUAUUUUAAACAUUGAUCAUCUCUGGCCAUUGAAGAACUUGAUCAAAUUGUCACUAUCCCAUAAUGUUAUCGAGAGAAUUGAAAAUCUGGAUGAACUUGUUCAUCUCAAGGAAUUGGAUCUCUCCUUUAAUCGUAUAAAAAUUAUGGAGAACUUGGAUAACUUAGAUCAACUGGAGAUUUUGCUUUUGUACAGUAAUGAAAUCUCUGUUAUACAAGGCUUAAAUAAUUUAAAGAAACUAACAAUUUUGAAUAUUGGUAAAAAUAAGAUCAAUGAUUGGAAGCAUGUCAUAUAUUUACGUGAUUUUAAAUCACUGAGAAGUUUAAACACUUGUGAUAAUCCGUGCACUGAAAUGGAUGGAUACUUGGAUUAUCUGUUUGCAUUUGUGCCGCAAUUAAUUUAUUAUCAAUACAGAAUUAUACCUGAAAGUACUCGUCAUUCUGCCAUCGAUAAGCAUUAUCGUAUAAUUAGUAAUUUGGAGGAAAACGAAGCAAAAGUACAAACAGAAUUAAAAUUACAACAAGAAUUUGAAGACAAGCUCGCAUUAUUAACUGCAGCAUAUGUGGAAUAUCUUGAUGAAGAUUUUCUUUUUCAGCAAAUGUUUUCUGCCAAUGAAGUGGGCAGGAUAUUAUCUACAAUAAAUGAGGAUACACAGAAUGCAUUUGAGGAAUACAGAAAGUCUUUCUCUGCAAUAUGUCACAAUUUACAUGAAUUAGGCUUACAAGAACAUGAUAAAAGAACAGAGGAAAUAAGAUUGUUUGAACUUGUUGUUAACGAAGGCAAGGAAAAUAAGCAAAACGUAGCAAGAAAAAUUGUGGAUGAAGUACUCGAAAGAAAAAUGGAGAUAUUUGCGAAUAUAAAAGAUGUAAUGAAAACUUUGAUAGAAGAACGAGAGGGAGAUGCCGAUGCAACUGAUGACAUUGCUGCAAAAGUGAGGGAAUUGUUUAACGAAUUCAAUGAAUUAUUAUCUAAAGCACGAAAUCAAUUAAUGUCUAAAGAAGUUAUAUUACACGAUCAGAUAGAAGAUAUAAACGAAGUCUUUAGGAUCAACAUGAUGAAUAUGAUCAGUUCAUUCUUAGAAACCGCACGAGAGCAUUUUUCUUUAUUACGAAAUUCACAGGCUGAAUACAACAAUACUAUGAAUGAAUUAAUUUUAAAUUAUCUAAGUGGUUUUGCGGACAAUGGAGAGGUACCAGUUCAUUUGAAAGAUUUGUAUGGUAAUAAGGAUUCUUUGGCUACUCUUGCUGCAUCACACGAUAUACAUUUGCAAGUAAUAGAUAAUCGAGAGAAGCUCAUGACAAAUCGGCUCGAUAAUUGGCUCAAAGAUUAUAUCAAUCAGUUAAUUGUGGAUGAAAAUAAAAGGAAUCGUCAACAAAUAUUAGAAAUAUCACAUUUCUUUGGAUUUCUACAGCAAGAACUUAAUUUGUUACACCCAUCACAAGGAUUAGACUUGACAGACAUUGAGUUAGAUGAUGCUACAUUAGAAGAUUAAUAAUUAGCAUGUUACUUUGGUGAUUAAAUUCAUCAAAGAAAAUAAAAAGUUUACAUGCAUAUACAAUACACAUAUAUAAAAAUU